CCAAACUGAAGUUUGAGAGAUGGCAAGUAGCAUAAAGUUCUUGCUGCCAUUAAUGGUGAUGUUAAUGGUGCUGGUGCUCAUCAAUGGUGGAACACUAGUGAAAGGCUACCCAGAGGAGGAUAUAGUGAAGAAGCUUCCUGGCCAGCCAGAUGUUGCCUUCAAACAGUAUGCUGGGUAUAUUGAUGUGGAUUUAGAUGCAGGGAGAAGUCUCUUUUAUUACUUUGUUGAAGCUCAGGGUGAAUCUCAACAAGUCAAGCCUCUCACUCUCUGGUUGACUGGAGGCCCUGGUUGUUCUUCAAUUGGACAAGGAGCUUUCAAUCAAGUAGGUCCUUUUCUUCCUAAUGGUGAUGGCCAUAGUCUUCAGUGUAACAAAAUGUCUUGGAAUAGAGUUUCAAAUCUGCUCUUUGUUGAUGCUCCUGCUGGAGUUGGAUGGUCUUACUCUAAUAGGAGUUCUGAUUAUAGUUUCAGCAUUGAAUCAUUCACCAAUGACAUGUACAUCUUCUUGAUAAAAUGGCUCGAAAAGUUCCCGGAGUUCAAAUACACUGAUUUGUUUCUUACUGGAGAAACUUAUGCAGGGCAUUACAUACCGAACUUUGUCAAUGUCCUGCUGAAACAUAAUCAAAAUUCAGAUGAUUUCAAGUUUAAGAUCAAGGGAAUUGCAAUCGGAAACCCGAUUAUCAAGCUCGAUAGAGAUCUUGCUGCAAGCUAUGAAUUUCUCUGGUCGCAUGGAAUGAUAUCUGACGAGAUUUUCAUGAUCAUCAAAAGAGAAUGUGAUUUUGAAAAAUAUGUUAGGAGGAAUGAUCAGAAUGCCAGUGAAACAUGUAAUACAGCAGUUGAUACAGCAAUUAUAAUGGUCGGAAAUAUAAACUUCUACAAUGUGAUACUUGAUACUUGUCCAUCAAACGUCGAAGAACAACUAAGACUGAAAAAAACAGUUUCAAAGAUCAGCUAUGGUAUUGAUGUCUGCAUGGGAUAUGAGAUUGAUGUGUACCUUAAUCUCCCACAAGUUCAGCAUGCUUUCCAUGCAAACAGGACAAAAUUACCUUACAAAUGGAGCAAAUGCAGUCAAUUUCUACAAUAUAAUGAUGAGGACAAUAUCAAGAACAUGCUUCCAGUGCUUAAAAUUAUAGUUGGCCAGAAAAUUCCAGUUUGGAUUUUCAGUGGUGAUCAAGAUGCAAUUCUUUCGAUAUUGGGAUCUCGAUCUCUUGUGAGAGAAUUAGCAGAGGAGUUGAAGUACAACAUCACAGUGCCGUAUGGUGCUUGGUAUUACAAAAGCCAGGUUGGAGGAUGGGUGACCGAAUACGGGAAUGUGCUUACAUUUGCGACGGUGAAAGGUGGUGGUGAAAUGAUUGGGUAUUCGCAGCCCGGCCGAGCUUUCCAGCUCUUCAAAUCAUUUGUUCAUGGAGAGAGGCUGACCAGGCGCAACACAUGAUCUUGUUUCUGUUAAUCAAUAAAAGAUAUGAUGUUGUUAUGAAGUUCAUGCAAUGUUUUACCCUAUGAUUGUCACUGAAACUUGUUUGAAUAAAUUCAGACUUACUGAA